CCAUUUAAACUGGAGGUCAAGUCUGUCCUGUGGGGCCAGAAGACCACAGUUGGUGGCAUGGGUCUUGGGCAGGGCACUGUUGUAGGACUCAGUAUCCUCACCUUGGGCACAGCCAGCCCAGUCCAUGACACUCCUGAUCUUUUUCUCCUAUCCUAUAGCUGGGAGCGUCCACUCGCCUUCUACCAGCAUGGCAACCUCCUCACAGUACCGACAGUUGCUGAGUGACUACGGGCCACCAUCUCUAGGCUACACCCAGGGAACUGGGAAUAGCCAGGUGCCUCAAAGCAAGUAUGCAGAGCUGCUGGCCAUCAUUGAAGAGCUGGGGAAAGAGAUCAGACCCACCUAUGCAGGGAGCAAGAGUGCAAUGGAACGGCUGAAGCGUGGCAUCAUUCAUGCUAGAGGAUUGGUUCGGGAGUGCUUGGCUGAAACGGAACGGAAUGCCAGAUCCUAGCCGCUUUUUUGAUUUUGACGGUUUUCCAUCUUUUUACAAGAUGAAAAGUUGCAGUUCAUCUCUCCUGUUCAAAUGAAACUUUUGUUUUCAAAAUGAUAGUUUGUUUUUUCCUCCCAUGGUUCACUUAACUCUGAACCUGCAGUCUCAAAGAUUGCGAAAAUAUUUUGCGGUUAAUUAGGAUUUACAUUUUAAGUAGUUAGGAACCACUUUGGAUUUUUUUUUUUUAAGCAUUGAUUUAAAAGUUGCACGUGAAGUUAUCUUACAGCAAACUAGUUUGCCCCCAAGACACCCUGGUCUUCUUUUAAUCUUCUCUUUUGAAUACAUUUCUGUUUACCCACGUUGUUAUUUGUUCCUUUUCAUAAACUGAUGGCAGCUCUAGGGAUUGUUUUAAUGCACACUGACAGCACGCUCUCCUUAGCUGGUCCCUGUUUGCCAUACAGUGUAGAUUCUGCUUAAUGUAACUUCCUUUAUGCUUAAGCAUUUGCAUGACUAUUAGUGCUUUGAAGUCAGUUUUAAAAAUGCACAAGUUAUAAAUACAGAAGAAAGAGCAACCUACCAAACCUAAUAAGGACCCCCGAAAAUUUUCAUACUAAGACUGUAAGUAGAUUUCAGUUCUGCAUUUACUGUAAGUUGAUAAAAACAUCUGGAAGAAAAGGACUAAAACUGUUUGCAUCUUUGUAUGUAUUUAUUACUUGAUGUAAUAAAGCUUAUUUUCAUUAACAAUUUGAGUUAAAAUGUGUGUUCCUUGAA